AUGGUCCGGGAAACCAGGCACCUCUGGGUGGGCAACUUACCGGAGAAUGUGCGGGAAGAGAAGAUCAUCGAGCAUUUCAAACGAUAUGGCCGCGUGGAAAGUGUCAAAAUUCUCCCCAAGAGGGGAUCUGAAGGAGGAGUGGCUGCCUUUGUGGAUUUUGUGGACAUCAAAAGUGCACAGAAAGCUCACAACUCAAUCAACAAAAUGGGAGAUAGAGACCUACGCACGGAUUAUAAUGAACCAGGCACCAUUCCGAGUGCUGCUCGGGGAUUGGAUGAUACAGUUUCCAUAGCAGCUCGUAGUAGAGAGGUUUCUGGGUUCAGAGGAGGUGGUGGAGGGCCUGCUUAUGGCCCGCCACCAUCACUUCAUGCGCGAGAAGGACGUUAUGAGCGGAGACUUGAUGGGGCUUCAGAUAACAGGGAGCGUGCUUAUGAACAUAGUGCCUAUGGACACCAUGAACGGGGGACAGGAGCGUUUGAUCGGACAAGACAUUACGAUCAGGAUUACUAUAGAGAUCCUCGAGAGCGGACUUUACAACAUGGGCUAUAUUAUACUUCUCGGAGUCGAAGUCCAAACCGCUUUGAUACUCAUGACCCCCGAUAUGAACCUAGGGUUCGGGAGCAGUUUACACUGCCCAGUGUGGUACACAGGGAUAUCUACAGGGAUGAUAUUACCCGGGAGGUACGAGGCAGAAGGCCAGACCGGAAUUACCAGCACAGCAGGAGUCGGUCACCACAUUCAUCCCAGUCUAGAAAUCAGUCUCCCCAGAGACUGGCUAGCCAAGCAUCUAGACCCACAAGGUCCCCUAGCGGCAGCGGCUCUAGGAGUAGAUCCUCCAGUAGUGAUUCAUUCAGCAGCAGCAGUAGUACCAGCAGUGACAGCAGUGAUUCCAGCAGUACUUCAAGUGAUGACUCUCCAGCCCGAUCUGUUCAAUCUGCAGCUGUCCCAGCACCCACUUCCCAGUUACUUUCAUCUCUGGAAAAAGAUGAACCCCGUAAAAGUUUUGGGAUCAAGGUUCAGAAUCUACCAGUACGCUCCACAGAUACAAGCCUUAAAGAUGGUCUUUUCCAUGAAUUUAAGAAAUUUGGAAAGGUGACAUCAGUGCAAAUACAUGGAACUUCAGAAGAGAGGUAUGGUCUGGUAUUCUUUCGACAGCAAGAGGACCAAGAGAAAGCACUGACUGCGUCAAAAGGAAAACUUUUCUUUGGCAUGCAGAUUGAAGUAACAGCAUGGAUAGGGCCAGAAACAGAAAGUGAAAAUGAAUUUCGCCCCUUGGAUGAAAGGAUAGAUGAAUUUCACCCCAAAGCAACAAGAACUCUCUUUAUUGGUAACCUUGAAAAAACUACUACAUACCAUGACCUUCGCAACAUCUUCCAGCGCUUUGGAGAAAUUGUGGAUAUUGAUAUUAAGAAAGUAAAUGGAGUUCCUCAGUAUGCAUUCUUACAAUACUGUGAUAUUGCCAGUGUUUGUAAGGCUAUUAAGAAGAUGGAUGGGGAGUACCUUGGAAAUAAUCGCCUCAAGCUGGGUUUUGGAAAGAGCAUGCCUACAAACUGUGUGUGGUUAGAUGGGCUAUCUUCAAACGUGUCGGAUCAGUAUUUAACACGACAUUUCUGCCGCUAUGGGCCCGUGGUAAAGGUGGUGUUUGACCGCUUAAAAGGCAUGGCCCUCGUUCUCUACAAUGAAAUUGAAUAUGCACAAGCAGCUGUAAAAGAGACCAAGGGGAGGAAAAUCGGUGGGAAUAAAAUUAAGGUGGAUUUUGCAAAUAGGGAAAGUCAGUUGGCAUUUUAUCAUUGCAUGGAGAAAUCUGGCCAAGAUAUCAGAGACUUUUAUGAAAUGUUAGUAGAAAGAAGAGAAGAGCGAAGGGCAUCCUAUGACUAUAACCAGGAUCGUACAUAUUAUGAGAAUGUUCGUACUCCAGGGACGUACCCUGAGGAUUCCAGACGGGACUAUCCAGCUCGAGGGAGAGAAUUUUACUCAGAAUGGGAGACUUACCAAGGAGACUAUUACGAAUCACGCUAUUAUGAUGAUCCUCGGGAAUACAGGGAUUACAGGAAUGAUCCUUAUGAACAAGAUAUUCGGGAAUACAGUUACAGGCAACGGGAACGAGAAAGAGAACGUGAAAGAUUUGAGUCUGACCGGGACAGAGACCAUGAGAGGAGGCCAAUUGAACGAAGUCAGAGUCCAGUCCACUUACGACGUCCACAGAGUCCUGGAGCAUCUCCCUCACAGUCAGAGAGGUUGCCCAGUGAUUCUGAGAGGAGGAUGUAUAGUCGGUCCUCAGACCGCAGUGGAAGCUGUAGUUCACUCUCCCCUCCAAGGUAUGAUAAACUUGAGAAACCGCGUCAGGAACGCUAUACGAAAAAUGAAAAGACAGAGAAAGAGCGAACUUUUGAUCAUCCUGAGAGGGGGGAGAGAGAGCGACGCUUAAUAAGAAAGGAAAAAGUAGAAAAGGACAAAACUGACAAGCAGAAACGAAAAGGAAAAAUUCAUUCCCCUAGUUCUCAGUCUUCAGAAACAGACCAAGAAAAUGAGAGAGAACUGAGCCCUGAAAAACCAAGGAGCUCUAAUAAGCUAAGCAGAGAGAAAGCUGACAAAGAAGGAAUAGCAAAAAACCGCCUUGAACUCAUGCCUUGUGUAGUUUUGACUCGAGUGAAAGAAAAAGAGGGGAAGGUUAUUGACCACACUGCUUUUGAAAAGCUAAAAACCAAGCUUGAUAACGACACUGGAAAGUCGUCUGCUCUAGAUCAGAAACUUCAGGUCUCUCAAACUGAGCCUGCAAAAUCUGACAUGUCUAAAGUGGAAUCUGUUAGAAUGAAGGUACCAAAGGAAAAGGGCCUUUCCAGCCACGUAGAAGUAGUAGAGAAAGAAGGCAGGCUUAAGCCCAGGAAACACCUGAAACCAGAGCAGACUGUUGACGGGCUCAGUGCCGUGGAUCUGGAGAAAUUGGAAGCUAGGAAAAGGCGUUUUGCAGAUUCAAAUUUGAAAGCAGAACGGCAGAAAUCAGAAGUCAAGAAAAGCAGCCCAGAGAUGGAAGACACUAGGGUACUUUUGAAAAAGCAGCCUGACUUAACAUCUAGAGAUAUUGUUCUGCUAAGGGAAGCUGACUCUGAAAGAAAGCCUGUGAGGAAAGAAAUCCUUAAAAGAGAAUCCAAAAAAAUCAAACUGGAUAGACUUAAUACUGUCCCCAGCCCCAAAGACUGUCAGGAGCUUGCUAGUAUUUCUCUUGGAGCUGGCUCAAGGCCAAGCUCAGACCUACAAGCAAGGCUGGGAGAACCAGUAGGUGAAUCUGCGGAAAAUCAAGAAAUCCAAUCAAAAAAACCCACUUCCUCGAAACCACAGCUCAAACAGCUACAGUUAUUAGAUGAUCAAGGAUCAGAGAGGGAGGAUGUUAGGAAGAACUAUUGCCAUGUUCAUGAUGAGACACCUGAACGUAAAUCAGGCCAAGAGAAACCACAUUCAGUAAAUGCUGAAGAAAAAAUUGGCAUCGAUAUUGAUCACACACAGAGUUACCGAAAACAAAUGGAACAGAGUCGUAGAAAGCAGCAGAUGGAGAUGGAAAUAGCCAAGUCUGAGAAGUUUGGCAGUCCUCAAAGAGAUGUAGAUGAAUAUGAAAGGCGUAGCCUGGUUCACGAGGUGGGCAAACCCCCUCAGGAUGUCACUGAUGACUCUCCUCCCAGCAAAAAGAAAAGGCUGGAUCAUGUUGAUUUUGAGAUCUGCAGCAAAAGAGAGAGGAAUUACAGAAGUUCCCGCCAAAUUAGUGAAGAUUCUGAAAGGACUGGUGGUUCUCCCAACAUCCGACACGGUUCUUUCCAUGAAGAUGAUGACCACCUCGGCUCUCCUCGGUUAAUGUCAGUAAAAGGGUCCCCUAAAAUAGAUGAAAAAGGUCUCCCCUAUUCUAAUAUAAUAGUCAGAGAAGAGUCCCUAAAAUUUAAUCCCUAUGAUUCCAGCAGGCGAGAACAGAUGGCAGACAUGGCCAAGAUAAAGCUAUCUGUCUUGAAUUCUGAAGAUGAACUAAAUCGUUGGGACUCUCAAAUGAAACAAGAUGCUAGCAGAUUUGAGGUGAGUUUCCCAAACAGCAUAAUUAAGAGAGACAGCCUUCGAAAGAGGUCUGUACGAGACUUGGAACCUGGUGAGGUGCCUUCUGAUUCUGAUGAAGAUGGUGAACACAAAUCCCACUCCCCCAGAGCCUCUUCAUUAUAUGAAAGUUCCCGGUUGUCUUUUUUAUUGAGGGACAGAGAAGAAAAACUACGUGAGCGAGAUGAAAGACUCUCUAGUUCUUUAGAAAGGAACAAAUUCUAUUCUUUUGCGUUGGAUAAGACAAUCACACCAGACACUAAGGCUUUGCUUGAAAGAGCCAAAUCUCUCUCUUCAUCUAGAGAAGAAAAUUGGUCUUUUCUUGAUUGGGACUCUCGAUUUGCUAAUUUUCGAAACAACAAAGAUAAAGAAAAGGUGGACUCUGCUCCAAGACCCAUUCCAUCUUGGUACAUGAAAAAGAAGAAAAUUAGGACUGAUUCUGAAGGAAAAAUGGAUGAUAAAAAAGAGGACCAUAAAGAAGAAGAACAGGAAAGGCAAGAAUUAUUUGCUUCUCGUUUUUUACACAGCUCAAUCUUUGAACAAGACUCCAAGCGACUACAGCAUCUAGAGAGAAAAGAUGAAGACUCUGACUUCAUUUCUGGUAGGUUAUAUGGGAGGCAGACAUCUGAUGGAGCAAACAGCACAACUGAUGUAAUUCAAGAGCCAGUUGUUCUAUUUCAUAGCAGAUUUAUGGAACUCACACGAAUGCAGCAGAAAGAAAAAGAAAAAGACCAAAAGCCCAAAGAGAGUGAGAAACAGGAAGAUACAGAGAAUCAACCCAAGACUCCAGAAUCUGCUUCUGAGAAUAAAGAAUCAGAACUGAAAAUGUCAUCUUCAGUUGGGCCUCCUGUUGUCACAGUUGUAACUCCAGACUCGGUACCUCCAUCACUAGAGAAGACAACCAGUGAGAAAGCAGUGGAGGCACCUUCAGCAGCAGAAGAGAAGCCUGUGGAGCCUGCCUUGGUCUCAGAAGAAGCAAAUCCUGUGUCUGACCUGGCUCCUGUCCCUGUGGAACAACCUGAACAAGUAAACUUGCCCCCAGGAAUGGACACCAAUAAAGAUGCUGCUGUGACUCCAUUAGUAAUUGAAGAAAGCUCAUCAGCUGACCAGCUGCCUUAUCUGGAUACCAAGCCUCCAACUCCUGGGGCCUCAUUUUCCCAAGUAGAGAUCAGUGUAGAUUCAGAACCUGACAGUACCCUACUACUUCCCAAGUCAACCCAGAAGUCUGAGGAAGCCAGUGAGCCAAAGGCAGAAAAGCCAGACUCAGCUGAUAAUGUUGAGCCUAAAGCAAAUCAGAAAGCUGAAGUUGUUCCUGAGGUCCACCCCCAGGCUGCUGAAGAUGUAGAGGCUGAGCCUCCAGUUGCUGCAAAAGACAAAAAGCCAAGCAAAAGUAAACGUUCCAAAACCCCAGUUCAGGCAGCUGUAGCAAGCAUUGUGGAGAAGCCUGUCACGAGGAAGAGUGAGAGAAUAGACCGGGAAAAACUAAAGCGGUCCAGCUCUCCUCGGGGAGAAGCACAGAAACUGUUAGAAUUGAAGAUGGAGGCAGAGAAGAUUACAAGGACUGCUUCGAAAACCUCUGCUGGGGACCCUGAACACCCUGAGCCAAGUUUGCCCCUCAGCCGGACAAGGCGCCGAAAUGUAAGGAGCGUUUAUGCGACUAUGGGUGACCAUGAAAGCCGCUCUCCAGUAAAAGAACCCACAGAGCAGCCAAGACUGACCAGAAAAAGACUGGAGCGAGAACUUCAGGAAGCUGCAGCAGUUCCUACGACCCCGCGGAGGGGAAGGCCUCCUAAAACACGCCGCCGAGCUGAUGAAGACGAGGAGACUGAGGUGAAAGAACCAGCUGAAACACUCAAACCAGCUGAGGGAUGGCGAUCCCCUCGAUCUCAAAAAUUAGUAGCUGCCAGUGGCCCACAAGGGAAGGGAAAGGGAAAAAAUGAACCAAAAGUUGAUGCUUUUGCUGAACGUCCUGAGGCUGCCACUGAGGUGGGUUUUCAAAUGAAUGUGAAAGAAAACAACACAAAAUCCAAACCUGAUAAAGAAGCAGCAGGAAGUGAACAGAAACAGGAUAGAAAAGAGAUCAGCACAGAUAAAAACCCACCUGAAACUCCCCCAGUUGAGGUGGUGGAGAAAAAAACAGCCCCUGAAAAAAACUCCAAAUCAAAGAGAGGAAGAUCUCGAAACUCCAGGUCAGCAGCAGACAAAUCUGCAAACCUGAGGAACGUGGAUGCUAAUGCAGGUGCCAGUGCAGCCACAGGGUCUGUGGGGCUGGCAGGAGAGCAGGACACUGAGGUUAGGGCAGUCUCCCCCGAGAAAAGCGAGGGUCCCCAAAAGGAGAGUAGCCUGUCAUCCCAGUUGAAGAGUGAUCUUAUUGAUCAGAACAAGGAACCAGAGAAGGAAAAUGUGUCUGACUCUAAGCUGUGCCCAGAAGCAACACAGUUGGCCAAGCAGAUGGAGCUGGAGCAAGCUGUGGAGAACAUUGCAAAGCUCACAGAAACGUCAGUUGCUACAGCCUACAAAGCAUCAGCUGCAGAUGCACCUGAGGGCCUUGCCACGGAGGACAGAGACAAGCCAGCCCAUCAAGCAAGUGAAACAGAACUUGCUGCAGCCAUUGGCUCCAUCAUCAAUGACAUUUCUGGGGAGCCAGAAAACUUCACAGCUCCUCCCACAUACCCUGCAGAGUCUCAACCAGAUGUCCAGCCCCAUCCUCAAGGGUUACAGCCUCCUGAGGAAGGAAUGGAGCCUGAGACAGAUGAGGCUGUAUCUGGCAUCUUGGAGACUGAGGCUGCCACAGAAUCUUCUGGGCCACCCAUCAGUGCUCCUGACACCUCUGUAGGCCCAGCAGACACCAAGGAAGUCAGAGGGAAUGGCAGUGAACCCUCCCAUCCAGUGCAAGAAGCCAAAGGGUUCAAAGAAGCAGAAGUUGCUCGGAAAGACAAAGGACGCCAGAAGACAACCAGAUCGCGCCGCAAACGGAAUACAAACAGGAAAGCAGGGGCUGUGGCAGAGCCCCAUACCUCCAAGUCUGAUCAGCCUCAAAGCAAGAGUCCAGCUGUAAACGAGGGAACAAUGCUACAAGCCCCAGAAACUCCACAGGAAGAAAAGCCGAGUGAAAAGCCCCACUCCACUCCUCCUGAGCCGUGUGUGUCUGACCCAAGCAAGACUCCACCCAGGGAGACUAUAUCCCAGGAGAGUACCAUUGAGGAAAAGACACCAACCAGAGGGUCUGCACCCCCUGACCUACUACCUACCCCUUCUCAGCCAGCACUAGGAGAUGAUGACCAGCAAGCCAGAUUCAAGGUACAUUCAAUUAUUGAAAGUGACCCAGUAACUCCACCCAGUGACUCUAGCAUGCCCACCCCCACAAUUCCUUCUGUAGCUACAGCAAAGCUCCCUGCCCCUGUCACCUCUACUGGGAUCCCACAUCAGAGUUCCCCUCCUAAGGUGACAGAAUGGAUGACGAGGCAGGAAGAGCCGCGGGCUCAGUCCACACCAUCUCCAGCUCUUCCUCCAGACACAAAAGCCUCUGAUAUGGACACCAGCUCCAGUACGCUGAGAAAGAUCCUCAUGGACCCCAAAUAUGUGUCUGCCACGGCCAUCACUUCCACAAGUGUCACUGCCUCCAUCGCAGAGCCUGUCAGUGCCACCCCCUGCCUACAUGAAGCACCACCCCCUCCCAUUGAACCUAAAAAGCCUCUUUCAGAAGAAAAACCAGCAGCUCCAGUAGUCAACACCUCUGAUACACAAGCCUCAGAGGUUCCAGUAGCCACUGAUAAAGAAAAGACCGCGCAAGUUAUUGCUCCCAAAAUUACUUCUGUCAUUAGCCGGAUGCCUGUCAGCAUUGAUUUAGAGAAUUCCCAGAAGAUAACGCUGGCAAAACCUGCUCCUCAGACUCUGACUGGCCUGGUGAGUGCCCUGACUGGCCUGGUGAAUGUCUCACUGGUUCCAGUGAAUGCCCUGACUGGCCCAGUGAAUGCUUUGAAAGCGCCUGUGAAGGGCUCAGUGACAACACUGAAAGGUCUGGUGAACACUCCUGCUGGUCCUGUGAAUGUCCUCAAGGGGCCAGUGAAUGUCCUCACAGGACCCGUGAAUGUUCUCACCACUCCAGUGAAUGCCGCUGUGGGCACAGUGAACGCCACCCCAGGGGCAGUGAACACAGCCACAGGUGCAGUGAAUGCCGCCACAGGUGCAGUGACUGUCACAGCAGGGGCGGUAACUGCAGCAUCUGGUGCUGUGACUGCCACAGCAGGUGCAGUGACCAUGGCAGCAGGGGCAAUGAUCACACCACCGGCAAAAUGCAAGCAGAGAACAAGCACUAACGAAAAUAGCCGGUUCCACCCGGGAUCGAUGUCUGUGAUUGAUGACCGCCCUGCUGACACGGGCUCUGGUGCUGGACUGCGUGUGAACACCUCAGAAGGGGUUGUACUCCUGAGCUAUUCAGGGCAGAAGACUGAAGGCCCACAGCGGAUCAGUGCCAAGAUUAGUCAGAUCCCCCCAGCAAGUGCAAUGGACAUUGAAUUCCAGCAGUCAGUGUCCAAGUCCCAGGUCAAACCUGAUUCUGUCACACCAUCUCAGCCUGCACCCAAGGGCCCUCAAGCACCUUCAGGCUAUGCAAAUGUGGCCACCCACUCUACUCUGGUAUUAACGGCCCAGACGUAUAAUGCAUCUCCUGUGAUUUCAUCUGUGAAGGCUGAUCGUCCAUCCUUGGAGAAGCCUGAGCCUAUUCACCUCUCUGUGUCCACACCGGUCACCCAAGGUGGCACAGUGAAGGUGCUCACCCAGGGUAUAAAUACACCUCCAGUGCUGGUUCACAACCAGCUGGUACUCACCCCAAGCAUAGUCACCACUAAUAAAAAGCUUGCUGACCCUGUGACCCUCAAAAUAGAGACCAAGGUCCUUCAGCCGGCUAGCCUAGGGUCAACUCUCACGCCCCAUCACCCUCCUGCUCUGCCCAGCAAACUGCCUGCAGAUGUGAACCAUGUAAAUUCAGGGCCCAGCACCCCAACAGACCGAACAGUCUCCCAUUUGGCAGUCACAAAGCCAGACUCACAUCCUUCUCGACCAAGUGGGCCUGCUCCGUCCCCAUUCCCAAGGGCUUGUCACCCCAGCAGCACUGCAUCCACAGCUCUCUCCACCAAUGCCACAGUCAUGUUGGCAGCAGGCAUUCCUGUGCCACAAUUUAUCUCUAGUUUACAUCCUGAGCAGUCUGUCAUCAUGCCUCCCCAUAGCAUCACCCAGACUGUCUCUCUCAGCCACUUAUCUCAGGGUGAAGUGAGAAUGAACACACCCACGCUGCCCAGCAUCACCUAUAGCAUCCGGCCAGAGACGCUCCAUUCUCCCCGGGCCCCACUGCAGCCCCAGCAGAUAGAGGUCAGGGCUCCGCAGCGUGCAGGCACACCCCAGCCAGCCCCGGCAGGUGUGCCUGCUCUGGCUUCCCAGCACCCUCCAGAGGAAGAAGUGCACUACCACCUCCCUGUUGCUCGCGCUACGGCCCCUGUGCAGUCAGAAGUGCUUGUCAUGCAGUCUGAAUACCGGCUACACCCAUACACGGUGCCACGGGACGUGAGGAUCAUGGUGCAUCCACAUGUGACUGCAGUCAGUGAGCAGCCCAGGGCUGCAGAGGGUGUGGUAAAGGUGCCUCCAGCCAGCAAGGCCCCUCCGCAACCAGGGAAGGAAGCUGUCAAGACAACUGAUACCAAAGCAGCACCUGCUUCUCAUGGUGAAGCCCGCAUCCUCACUGUCACCCCCAGCAACCAGCUGCAGGGGCUGCCACUGACCCCUCCUGUGGUGGUGACCCACGGGGUGCAGAUAGUGCACUCAAGCGGGGAACUGUUCCAGGAGUACAGGUAUGGCGACAUCCGGGCCUACCACACGCCUGCUCAGCUCACUCACACUCAGUUUCCUGCUGCCUCCACCAUCGGCCCACCUUCCCGGACCAAGACUCCUACUCAGGGCCCUCCGUCUGAAGGGGAGCCCUUGCAGCCUGCUCAGCCUGCCCCAUCACCUACGCAGCCUGUUCCGCCCACCCCGUCCACACAGCCUGCCCAGCCCAUGCAGCCCUCCCAGCUAAGCCAGCCCAGCCAGCCACUGAGCAGCAAAAUGCCUCAAGUCUCCCAGGAGGCGAAGGGGACCCAGACAGGAGUUGUUGAGCAACCUCGCCUCCCAACUGUACCUACAAACAGGCCAGCUGAGCCUCAUUCCCAGAUUCCGAGGGCCCAGGUGGAAACAGGCCAGACUUCCCAUCCCUCUCCUGUGUCUAUCUCUAUGAAGCCUGAUCUCCCAGUCUCUCUUCCUGCUCAGGCUGCCCCAAAGCAGCCAUUGUUUGCCCCUACAAUCUCUGGGCCCAGCACCCCACCAGGACUGGCUCUGGUGCACCAGGAAGCUCAGCCCACCCCCAAACAAGAUUCCUCUCCACACUUGACUUCCCAGAGACCAGUGGACAUGGUUCAACUUCUGAAGAAGUACCCCAUCGUGUGGCAGGGCCUUCUGGCUCUGAAGAAUGACACAGCUGCUGUGCAGCUCCACUUUGUCUCUGGCAACAAUGUCCUGGCUCAUCGUUCCCUUCCCCUCUCUGAGGGGGGGCCCCCACUGAGGAUCGCCCAGAGGAUGCGGCUGGAGGCCUCACAACUGGAAGGGGUUGCCCGGAGGAUGACGGUGGAAACAGAUUAUUGCCUGCUGCUGGCUCUGCCCUGCGGCCGUGACCAAGAGGAUGUCGUGAAUCAAACCGAGUCCCUCAAGGCAGCCUUCAUCACCUAUCUGCAGGCCAAGCAGGCAGCAGGGAUCAUCAAUGUUCCUAACCCUGGCUCCAACCAGCCCGCCUAUGUGCUGCAGAUCUUUCCACCCUGCGAGUUCUCAGAGAGUCACCUGUCCCGUUUGGCCCCUGACCUUCUCGCCAGCAUCUCCAACAUUUCUCCUCACCUCAUGAUUGUCAUUGCCUCCGUGUGA